AGAGAGGGAGAGAGAGAGAUGCUGUUUGGUGUUGUGUCCGGUGUGACUUAUCUAUCCUACUCUGAUGCUGUCGGUAACGGACCGGCUGCGCACAAACCUACACACACACCUCUCUAUCUUUGACACACACACUCACACACACACACACACAUACUCACUCACACACAUACACCAGGAGGACCGGACUGGCGCACUGGAAAGAGAGGAGGGAAGAGAGGGAAAGGGACAUAUGUCAGACCAGAUCGAGCAGAGGAAUGCACCGGAUUCCGCUGCACACUCGUCCGGCCUGUCCCGCACUAAGGGCUGCGCUGCGUUAACGGGACACGACACAGGGCUGAGCAAGGGGCGGGAGGACCGAACCGGGAUAGUGUGAAAAAUAAGUCACCUGGCGGAGGAGGGAGGGGAGGAAGGGUGGAGUGCUGGAGGGGAGCUGUGCCCUGCUGACUGAGCUUUGUUUUGGGUUAACAACACCUCUUGCGCGCAACGGAGAGUCUGCGCAAAGUUUCCUUGAUGGCGCUGGUGAUGGAGCCGGUUAGCAAAUGGAGCACGAGCCAGGUGGUGGACUGGAUGAAAGGUCUGGACGACUGCUUGCAGCAGUAUGUGUGUGUGUUUGAACGCGGAGGUGUGUGCGGGGAGAGGCUGCUGAGGAUUAGCCACGCCGAGCUGGAGGACCUGGGAGUUUCUCGCAUUGGACACCAGGAGCUCAUUCUGGAGGCUGUCGACUUGCUCUGUGCUUUGAACUCUGGUCUGGAGACGGAGAGCGUCAGGACUCUGGCUCACAAACUCGGCGCCUCGGCCAAAAACCUGCAGAACUUCAUUUCCGGCCGCCGCCGCAGUAGCCAAUCAGAGAGCAGGUCGUCGCGGCGUCUCCCCAAUGAUCUGCUGACCUCCGUUGUCGACCUCAUCACCGCCGCCAAGAGCCUGCUGGCCUGGCUGGACAGGUCUCCCUUUGCUACAGUUGCAGACUACUCAGUAACCCGAAAUAAUGUCAUUCAGCUCUGCCUGGAGCUCACCACCAUUGUACAGCAGGACUGUACGGUGUUUGAGACGGAGAACAAAAUCCUUCAUGUGUGCAAGACUCUGUCGGAGGUGUGUGAGCACAUCGUGUGUGUGUCAUCCGACCCGCUGGUUUCUCAGUCAGCCCACCUCGAGCUGGUUCACCUUACCAACAUCAAAUCCUCAGAAGGCCUGGGAAUGUACAUCAAGUCAACCUACGACGGCCUCCAUGUGAUCACAGGAACUACUGAAGGGUCUCCAGCUGACCGCUGUAAGAAGAUCCAUGCCGGAGAUGAAGUCAUUCAAGUCAAUCAUCAGACUGUGGUGGGCUGGCAGUUACGUAACCUGGUCGGCUCGCUGAGGGCAGAUAAAGGCGUCGUGUCCCUGACUCUGAAGAAGCGUCCACAGAGCACGCUCAGCUCGGCCCCAGCUUUGCUGAAGAACAUGCGCUGGAAACCCCUAGCUCUGCAGCCAACCAGAAGCCCAGGCAGCAGUUCGGCCACACCCUCAGGCACACCCACCAAGAGCUCCGCCAUCCAGGACCUUUACAUCCCCCCUCCCCCUGCUGAACCAUACAUGCCCAGAGAUGAGACAGGAGCCUUGCCUGGAGAUGAGGCAUCUCGUAACCACGUUGGCGUCAGCGUUGCUAAGCGCUCUGAGUCACCAAACUCCUUCCUGGAUCAAGAGUCUCGCCGGCGAGAAGAGGAGGAGCCCGUGUACUGCACCACGCCUACAUAUGGAAGGCUGAGGCCCAUCUCCAUGCCUGGGGAGUGUAACUGGGUGGGCGACUAUGAAGACCCAGCCAAGCUUAACAGAGAAAGCCGCAGAGAAGCGUCACUGAUGCGUUAUGUGGGACUGUCCGGCGUGGACGAGAGGGCCGGCUCUGAUGACUACUCCUCCCACACUGCUCGCCCGGGAAAACGAACCAAUGACACGGCAAAACGUGCCAAAAGGCGGAGCCACCACAGCCAAAGCCCCUCCCACUACGUCCUCCAGACGAAUCAAAGAAAUUCUCCACCGAGAGACCCGGCCUCCAUUUAUCACACAUACCAACAGUCCUCCUCUCUGCAGUCAAAAAACAGGAAGAAGAAUAAAGGACGAAGUUUGGCCUCCCUGAGUCGGAGGCGUGUUUCCUGCAAGGCGCUGGGCAGAGGAGACUGCGAGGGCUGGCUGUGGAGAAAGAGAGAUGCAAAGGGUUACUUUUCACAGAAAUGGAAGAAAUACUGGUUUGUUCUGAAGGACAACUGCCUGUACUGGUACAUCAAUGAGGAGGAUGAGAAGGCCGAGGGUUUUGUCAGUCUUCCGGAGUUUAAGAUCGACCGGGCCAGUGAAUGUCGCAAGAAGUAUGCUUUCAAAGCAUGCCACCCCAAGGUCAAGAGUUUCUACUUUGCAGCAGAUGGAGUGGACGACAUGAACAGAUGGCUGAGUCGUCUCAACAUGGCCGCUGUGGGCUACGCCGAGCGAGAGAGGAUACGCCAGGAGCAGGAUUACUGGAGUGAGAGUGAACAUGAGGAGGACACCACCUCCAGCCCCAAACAGGACAGUCCCCCACCUCCAUAUGAUACCUACCCACGGCCUCCAUCAAUGAGUGCCUUUUUGGAAGGCCGGACCACUCGACUGUCCUCCACGGAGACGUCCCGUUCUCGCUCUUCCCAGGAGGACUUCCUCUGCGGCGAGCCUCCCGUGGUGGCUGCAGAGCCGCAGUACCAUCCAGGUCCUCUAGGGGGGGGCACCACGCACAGCGGGAGGAAGCCAGGGGGCAGCAGCAGCAGCGACGUGCAGUACAGAUGUGAUGCUGUAGAGUACCGUUCCAGUCCGGCGGGGGGCAGUAGUGAGACAGGCUCACCGGGCCGCUCUUCCUCGUCUCAGAGACGUUCAUGGCAGGACUUGAUUGAGACCCCGUUGACUGAGGCUGGACUGCACUACUUACAAACUGGACCGACAGAGGAUGCCGUCUUUGCUGAGCCCAGUCCGGGCUGCGGGACUAUGAUGGCCGGUGCUGUUUACACUCUUCCGGCACAGAGGAAUGUCCCGUUGCCCAUGGCGAGGCAGAGGCUGAUUCCUAUGGCAACCCAGGGAGGGAAACCCCGCAGCUUCACACUGCCACGAGACAGCAACCUACACACACUCCUCACGCCCCCAGCAAAAGAAGAACAGCAAACGCACAAUGGCGGCAGCGAGGGUGCAUCCCUGGGCGACCUGUUUCGUGCGUGUGAGCAGGGCGGCGUGUGUCCUUUGGGUCGCGGGUCAGACGGCAAAGGCCAAUCAGAUUGCAGGCAGUCCUUCCUGCGACGGGCCGCCGACCCUCAGCUCAACGACCGUCUGCACCGCCUCCGUAUACUCACCUCCACGCUGAAGGACAGGGAGGGGGAGCUAGCGCUGAUUGACAGGCUGUUGGCCAAUCCCCAGCUGUCGUCGGCAGAGUUCCAGGAGUGGAAAAGAGCCUAUCAGGAGCUGUUCUCUCAGGAGCCAGACUCAACCGCUGAAUCAGACCCCGGCCCGCCCCUCACGCCCUCGCUCUCUCACACACACUCCUACAUCGAGACCCACGUCUGACGAGUGGAACACACUCUCACACAUGCACACUCACACAUUUUGAGUUUCUCCUGAUUCUGGAAUAAAAGAGUUGAACAAGCUCCAGCGGACGUUUCGAUUCAUCAGGGUUGCGAUCAGUGAUGGACUUUGUCAAGAGGGGAGAGUAGGAACAACUUGACAGCCGCAGUGUACAAGUGCAGCAUGACACUUUUUCUGAGGAGACGCCUGCGUGGCCCUUCAUGUCACAUCAAUCUACGAGCUGAUUGGUUAUGCCACUCCAGCUGGCUCGGGGGCGGACGAUAAACUGAUUCUUAAGUAUUACGUGUUAGCUUUUGUGCUCUAUAAAGACUUACGGUGGACGACUUUUAUCAGUUUGUUCCUCCUGACAUGGACCGAGGCCUCAGAAUAGUUUCCUCAUGAGUAACAGUAUUUUAUCCUGCUUGUUGUGCCAUGUUUAUACCGACUGCACAGUGUCUCAUAGACCUUCUUAUAGCCAUCAAAUGACAUACAUUGUAUUCUAUCAAGCCUUACACUUGACGCAUAUGAUAAUAUUUUUCUGUACAGUGAGUGUUAACAGCAGAGAACAAAAGGCACAUGUCUUUUUUAAAGCAACUAGUCUCAGUUUCUAGUUUUAGAGACUUUUGUUUGUGCUGGUUUGGUAGAUUACGUACUGUACUGUGCUGGGCUGGACCUGAAGCAUGCACACUCAGAAGCUUCCUGGAAUAAGACCCAUUUAAAGGAAAAGUCCACCCUAAAAACACUUCUAACACUGUUUUCAAACUGCUAGUGUAUUUUGCAUUUAGGAGCCCAUGUUGGGGUGUUUUGUUUAAAGUGCUCAUAUGAGUCUUUUUGGGCUUUUCCCCCUUUCCUUUAUAUAUCUUUUUUGUGCACGUUAUAUGUUUACAAAGGGAAAAAGCCCAAAAUCCAGCCCAAGGGACUUACUAUCCAACAGAAAACACUGUUCACAAUUUUGCUCCAAACAGCUCUAUUGUUGUCCAGCCUUUACUUCUGUGGCAAACCUUCAUCACUUUGUAACACACGAAAUAAUGCUCACCUAGCCUAGCGUGGCACACCCUCAUUCUCUGCUUCUGACUGGCUAGUAGUCCUUACCUAGCUACUGCACAUGUGCGACUCCCAACAAAGAUGGAACAGAAGAGAGAUGCCUCACUCUGUAGCUAAAACAGAGAGCUCAACACACAGGGUGAAAAAUGUGCAGUACAAAAAUAAAAUAAAUAAAUAUAAACAAAAAUAAUAAAAAAUAGGGUGUUUUUUGAAAAUGAAAGCACAUAAACCUAAAUUGGUACAACCUCUAAAUACAAUUAUGAACCUAAAAAUGAGCAUAAUAUGAACACUUUAUUUUUUGCACAAAACUGAAAUUACGCCAGUUUCCCUAUCAUGCUGUCACGUUAUUUUCCCUUUCAGUAUGACAUUACCCCUAGCGAGUCUUGUCUUAAAAUAUAAUCUUUAAUAGCCUUCAUUAAAUUUGACAGCAGCUGCCUCGUUUAGAGCUCAUUAAUUAAUUUCUUGGCCUAAAUAUUUUCUUUAAAUUACAUCUCUUUGACAGAAACAUGAUGAUGUUCAGUUAGAUAUCAUAAUGCAUGCCACUUCAUUAUAUUUUGUAUUAUUGUUUACAUCUCCAUGAAAAACAGCUCAUGCUCAAACAAGGCCUCUGUAGUGCCUCUUAAGACAUAGAAUAUUGUAAUAAAUGCACAAUAUAUCUUUGAUUGACAUUCCCCGAUCCCAUGAUAUCACAUAAAGGAUAGGGUCCCUUUUUUUAAGUCUGUCUUAUACCAAUACUGAUAUACUGUAUGUGCCCACAUGGACAUUGAAAGUCCUGUCCAUAAUGGCCGCGAAGAAAUCCUUUUUUAAAGUAAUUUUAGUGCAAGAGAAGAACACAAUCCACAGUCAAAAUACUGAAAUGCAAAAAUGUGAUUUUUUGAACUAAACAGACAAAAAACAACCUAUUUGGUGCAACCUAGGGUCUUUUUGUGAACGUACGUACCUGAUUCAAACUUUUGUUUAAAAGCAUAAUUAGGACAGAAGUGCCACUUUUAAGAUUUCCCCUUUUCUCGUUUUUUGGUCAAAUGGCCUUUUGAAUGGGAGAGCUAGGGGCACUACUAUGAUCGCAUAAAGAUCGCUAUAAGAAGGCUCAUGAACUCCAGCAUUGAGAACAUUGUUUGUGUACACAGAGUUUACUUAAAAAAGGUUUUAACAACUCACUGUAGCUGUCGGUCGCCGUCCAUCUCGCCAGUCAAAACUAGUCCAGGGAGGAGAGUAAAGAAUGACAUUUCCUCCUAUGGAGUCCGUUCAUUUGCAUUCAGAGAUGGACUUUUUUUGAAGAUGGCUGUGAGCGUAAACAACGGCCACAAUGAGUUGUUAAAACCUUUCUUUAACUUUGUGUAGACAAACAAUGUUCUCAAUGCUAGAGUUCAUGUGUAGAGCCCCUGGCGAUACUUUGAGUAAAGUUUCAUGUUGUGUCGAUCCUUCUUAGUGUUUGGAAAAUAGUGAUUUGAAUGCAAUCAUAGUACCAUUCACAAGCCAAUUCACCAAAAAACAAGAAUACGGUAUAUCAAAAAAUAUGGCGCUUCCGUGCCAAAUGAGCCCUUAAAAGAAAGUUUGACUCGGGUACAAUCACAAAAGGAUUUUGGCAAGAGUUACUUUUUAACUCAGAGUGCAGAAGCAGAAGCCCCCCCCACGCCUUUGAUUGUUAUAAGAAUUAAGCUCUUUCUUUUUUUAGAAAUCUUAAUCUGAUAUCCAUAUUUGAUUAAGUUAUUUGAUUCUAAAAGGCAGUUUAUUGUAACUUUUGGAGUGCAGACAUCUUGUACACAUAAGAAAAACCUUCAAAGAGAACAAGAUUCUUGCUAUUAGCUAUUGGCCUGUUUUAAUUUUUCCUUUGAUUCUCUGUGGCUUUAGCAGCCACUUUAAUACAGUCACCAUGACAACAACAUGUAAAUGAUCCAACAAGAAGUGGAAGGUUUCUUUAGGUCGCCACAGAAAAGCGUCCUAAAAAAACGGGGAAAAAAUGCAGGAAAAUGACAGAAUAACCCCUGAAACUUUCCGAAUGUCCCGGUUUUAUUAUAUAUUAUAUCACGGUGUAAAAGUUUCUCAGGGUGGAUUUUUCCUCAUAGAGCAUUUGGCUCUCUGUAUCCUGCAUGCCACAUAGAGAAUAUGAGGAAAUAUUUGCGUAAGAAAUGAAAUAUGGAUCUAAUAAAAAUAUAUUACUUUAUUUAUAUGCUGCUGUCAAAUGACUUAAUGCUCAGAGACACUGCACAAAACUAUGAAAGCAAUCAGACACACCAAUACACAAAGACAUGCACACAAGCCAAUAAACACACAUUACACAACACAGUUUGAAUGCUCUGUCUAUACUGCUGCCCGUGGUUGGUUGUAGUAGCAUGUCUUUGUCGUAGAUAAACACAGUAUUCCUUGUCUGUUUUUGUGUUUGAAACUCUCUAGAUACAGUAGAUCUCUUUUUAUAGAGUGCAAACUAAGUGUCUUGGAUCAUGUUCUCUAAUUCUAUCAGGUUUUUUUGGACAUUUAAGUAAAGAUUGUUUAAUAUUCAGUCUAUAAAUUAUGGUAAAAUAACAGUAUUUAUUUAUCAUUCUACGUGUUCUGUCGGAAGAAGAAGAGUGGAUCAAUAAAGAGUGGACAUUUGGA